GCGUCCCCUUGCUUGCGGGAAAGGGAAGCUCCGGGAUGGAGAGCUUGAAAGGGAGGAGAGAAGAAGACCCCGCGUGUGAGGCGAGGGCGGAAGGAGGUGCGCAGGCCCUGGACUGGGACAGCGACGAAACGGUGAUUGAGGGGUCCGUGACCGACAGCGACCCAGAAGACGAGGAACUGCCGUGGAGAAGGUUGCUCUUUGAUCAAGACAUAUCUUCUAGAUCUGUGUUCAGUCGUCAUCCUGGUAUGAAUGGAAUGUGCCAAGGCAUGCUUUCUCCUGAGAUUAAACUUGAGCCAAAAUUCAGAAAAGACUUACAAGAGCAAACAAAUAAAAAUAAGAUAAUGCCCAUUCUUAGUGCAGAUACAGUAUUACAGCAACAUCAAGAUGAAACAACACUAAGCCAAGAUCUACUACAGACUAGAGAAGAAUUUCCAAUGUCCAAUUUGUCAUUUUCCCAGUCUGGGCUUUCAUUGCACCAGCAGAACAUUGGAGGACCUGAAGCUGAAAAUACUGAAAUUUUGUUAUGCCCAGAAAAGGAACCAAGUGAAGAUAGAGAUUUGCCUGAAAUUAGCCUUUCCUCAAGUACUGUUUUUAUAGAUUCUGAUAUGGCUGCUGUAAAGGAGAAAUCGCUAAUAGAGAAGAUCUUACCAGCACCAAAUACAUCUUCUCAACAAGAGCAGGAAGUCACAUUGACCAUGACCUCUAAAGAAUACAUGGAUGACGAAAGCUCAGUUGAGACUUUUGUGUCUGCCUUAGAAAACAUGUUAGCAUCAGAAGGCAUUAAAGAAGAAAGACUGUUGGAAAUAAUGAAGGAUUUGGAUUUGGGGGAGUUGAAUCCAUUGAGUGACUGCCCAGGUUCCGUAUCAGUACCUACUAAUGCCUUACCAGCAUGCUGCAGAGAUUUACUGGAAAACACAAAGGAUGAUGAAUUGCCAGCUGAGUUGUUGGCAGCCAUCAACACAUUGUCAGAAGCCAAAGUGGGACCCAGCUGUCACAGAAAAGAGCAAGGUGGCAGACUUGGUGGAAAUGAAUGUCUUGAAGUAGAGCCUGAUUUGUCUCAGAUGGAUGAAGAUUGUACACAAGUAACGGAAGGAAAUUUUGACUCCCUUUGUUCUCCAUUUGAACUAGGUUCCAGUUUAGCUAGGCUGCAGGACAACAGUCUAUCAGUGGAACAAACAGUAGAAGAUCCAAAUCUAAUUGGAUUGCAAACUUUUGCUCAUUCAACUAUCACCUCUGGUGAGCCACUAAAUAAUAUGGGGAAUUCAAGUCCUGUGGAAAAUAUACCUAAACAGGAAACUCCAUGUGUGUUAAGGAGAUCAUCUAGACUGGAAAAACUGAAAGUAAGCAGAGAGGCAAAACGUAGAGACACUAUGUGUAAAUCACCAGAAAAGAUUUUACCAAAAAUACUUAGCUCUGAGGAGCGAAUAAAUAAUAAAUCUUCAACUGAGAAUUUCAGAGAGAAGCAUCUUGCUUUAAGGAUGGAUGGUAAAGGGGUGAAUAACCAUUCAUCAAGAUCCAAGGCUGAACACAUCAGGAAAAAUGAACGACUUGAAAUAAAAAAAGAAAAUAUAAUGAUGAAUAAAAAGCCUAUUUCUAGCAUAAACCGAAGAAACAUUUUUGGAGAGAACUUAGUAUAUAAGGCUGUUCUAGAUAACGAUGUUCACCUUGUUCGUCAUUAUAUAAAAAAGGGUGGAAAUGUUAAUCAGCCAUGUUAUGCUGGUUGGACAGCACUUCAUGAAGCUAGUCUUGGAGGAUUUUACCAGAUAGCAAGUGAACUCUUAAAAGGAGGAGCUGAUGUAAAUACCAAAGGAAUGCACCAGAUCACUCCUCUCCAUGAUGCUGUAAUAAAUGGACAUCAUAAGGUGGCAGAAUUACUGCUUCUGAAUGGAGCGGAUCCAUUAUUUAGAAGUGACAAUGGAAAGUGUCCUUUAGAUCAGGCCAAAGAUUCACGUAUGAAGCAUCUCCUUGAGAAAUAUAUUCCUGAACGUCAAAAAUGUCUUAAAUCAGCUUACUGUAAUGGCACUCACCAAGUAGAUGUAGAGGAUGUACACCAGCACAAGAAACCAAAAUUCAGUUCAAAAACUUGCUCUGAGUCCGUUUCUAAUGAAAAUUCCAGCAGAUAUAAGCCAGAACAUGAAGAAAUCAAUAAAGAAGGAAAUAAGGGUUUGCCUAUAAGUAAUGAAUACAUAUAUAAACAUUACAAAAACAAUUCUACAGCCACAAAGUUUGGCAGAUCUAAACCUAAACAAUCCUCUGUUAACCCAAUAUACACUCGAGAAUUAAGAAAGCGCACCCUCCACAGUGUCAAAGAUACCAGCACCAAUGUGUCUAAAAGUAGAGGAAGAAGAGACUUACAUCACAAGACUCAAGCAGAUGAUGGAGACUACAAUUCAAGACAAGCAAGAGCUGUCACUUCUUCCAGGAGAAUAAACGAAUCGGUUAGUCACCAGCAGCAUGUCCUCCAAACCUUCAGUGAUUCUCCACAAGACUCAUGUGAACUUUUCAGCCCAACUUUGUCAAGUCUAAAAGGUGGAUUAGUCAACAAUAUUGAGGCUUGUUCAGCUUCCAAAGAGACACAGACAUACAACCUGGAUUUAUCCAGUAGUCAAGAAAUGAAAUUUUUAGAAUUAGAACCCAUUGACCAAAGAGAAGCUGUUUCAGGACUUCCAUCACAUAAAGAAAUCAAGUUACCAUUUGUUACUGCAGACCAGCAGCUUUGUGCUCACCAAAAACAACACAGUAGCCCUUACAAGUCUCAGGAAAAUAGUAAUAACCCAGUUCAAAAAAAUUAUACUUUUAAUCAGUGGGAAAAUUCUUUCUUGUCCUUCAUAAAGGAACAUUUUGAUAGUGAUAGCAGUACUUCUGAGGAAACUGUAACAUCUAAAAAGGUAGAAUGCAAAAACCACCAUAAGUAUGAAGAAAACAUAACAAAUAGUGAAGAAAUGGAUUCUCAACAGUUUUUACCUUCUGAGGACCAUUUUUCACAGGAAAAUGAGUUAAAAGCAGGAAACCUAACCACACUGUCACAACAGGAAGCUGUUAAUUUCUGUGAUUCAGAUGACACCAUUAUUUCUGAACAGUGUGUUGCAAAUUAUGAACAACACGUUUAUGGGUUUUCUUCUGGUCACUCAUAUUGCAAUCCUGAGGAAAUUGCCCUGGCUUGUACAAGAAUGCCUUCAACACUGGAACUUUCAAAUUUGAAUUGUCACGUGGAGCAAUUAAAAAAGCCUCAGGAUACUAGCUCCCGAGAAGCAACUCCUUUAAUGAGUCAAACAGAUGUACAUAAUGUGGAAGAGAAACAAGAUGCAGAACUAAAUCUUCUCAAUAAUCAAACAGAUACACAUAAUGUAGUAAAACUAUGUAUGGAAGAAAAACAAGAUACUAAAAGCAAUUACAAUAUCAAAGACCAAAAAACAAGUUCUUCAAAUACAUUUUUCCCUAUAGUCGUUGAUUCUGAAGCAAUAGAAAUAUCUGAAGUUGAAAAGAGGAGACAAGACCUUCCAGAAAAUGAGCCAAUGAAUAGCACAGAUUUCCAUUCCAUUGACAAGAUGAAUAAAGAAUUGACUAAUAUUUCACAAUGUAAUCAAAAAGAAGAAAAGGAAAGUUCUCAUAAACCAGAUGAAGAGUUAACAGAUAAUAUUAACAGAGAUGAGAGCAUUAUGGAAAAUUGUGAGGCAGAAAAAGAAAAAAUAGAUCCAGAAAUCCACAGGCCUCUUAAUAUCCCCCAAAACAAAAAAGGACAGAAUUUCAGAAAACGACAAAGUUUCUUGAAAUCUACCUUCACCCAAGAAAUAAAAACAACCAGAAUUACUAGGAGUUGUAUAAAAGGGAAAAGUCAACUUCAUUUGGCUGCCGGAAGAGGAAAUUUGUCCCAUGUGAAAGCUCUAAUAGAAUCUGGAAUGGAUGUGAAUCUAAGAGAUAAUGAAGGUUGGACACCACUUCAUGAAGCAUCUAAUAAGGGAUAUAAGGAUAUAAUUAUAGAAUUAUUAAAAGCUGGUGCUAAUGUAAAUUGUGAAAAUGUAAAUGGAAUUCUGCCCUUACAUGAUGCUGUAGCAGGCAAUCACUUAAAGGCAGCUGAGAUACUACUACAACAUGGAGCAGACCCUAAUAAAAGAGAUCAGAGAGAGAAGACUGCUUUUGAUGAAGCAGAUAAUGAAAAAAUGAAAGAAUUACUGAAAUCUUAUGAUGUUAUUGAGACCAAUGAUAGAAGUGAGAGUAGUGCUAUGGUCACUGAAGAAAUUCCUGCUGCCCCGUUAAAAAGAUGUAGAGAAUAUUGUGAUAAAGACAAAACUUUUGAGCCACCUUCCUCCUCCCACCAAGCAAAAAGAAGAGAAAGUCUUCCUAUGCAUCAGACCAUUUCUGAUAUUCUACAAGAUAUAGAAGAAAAACAAGAAAACUUGCUAGAGUUUGAGAUAAGAAACCCAGAUGAUGCAGAACUAUACAUUGAAAAGAUGUUAGAGAUAAAAGAGGUGAUGGAUAAUAUACUUGCCAAACAGAAAGCAGAAAGGGAUGAUCUGGCCAAAAAAUACAGAGUAUCUAUAGAGUCAUUUAAGCACGGAGCCUUGAGAGAACAACUAGCCAACUUGGCCACAAGACAGAAGAGCCUUUUGCUUGCAGCAAAAAGACAGAAGACAAUCAGACAGAGAAUUCAGAACUAUAAGAAUGUGACGUUUUCCUUAAAGAAGUGGUCAUCUAGUUCAGACAUCUCCAGUGAAAAGUACAACAAAGAGCUUACCAGUUGGGGAAAUUUAGUGCGUCUCCAAUCUGAUUCACCUUCUCCUGUCAACCCUGCUUGUGGAAGCAUGCAAGAAACAUCAUUGCCUCUGGAAACUUGGAAUAAUAGCCAAAAUGCUAACACUUGUCUAAACCUAGAAGCAGUGAGAGAGGAAGAAUUUUCUGGAAAUGAGAGGAAUUCUAAACAAAUUGUCAAUAAUUGUACAUUAGAUGACUUAUCAAAACCCAGAUGUUUAGAUCGCACUGAUAAGAUUGAAUUACCAUCCCAAACAGUUGCUUUAAUUGCCCAAACAGAAUAUCCACAAAAAGAAAAUGAUCUUACAGAAGGUACAACCAAAGAUCAUGGAUUGUAUACUCCUGCCAUAAAAUAUGGCACAUUAAAUAUUUCAGAGUACACAAGUGUACUUUCUCAAAAUAAUGUCUGCCCAUCAGCUGUUGACAGCAACUAUGACACUUCCCAAUGUGAUCCAGAAAGAAGAAACAGAAAAACAGCUCCCCACCAGCUACCUGGAAGGGUAUCAGAGUCCCCGACACAGCAAAGGAAUGUUGCCCUAGACACUGAUGCUCUGCAUCAGAUGAAGCCAUAUCAUAAAAAGCUCUCUUCUGCUGUUCCACGUGCAGAUAACACCCAGAUCUCUCCUACUUCUGGGUCUGGCAAUCAGCAUACUAUAAAAAAGCCUUUAAACUAUACCACAACUCCUAAAAAGAGAAAUAUGCAGAUAAAAGAUUUGAUAUUACUAGGAAGAAUUAAGCCAGGAAAUAACAUUCUGGAAUUCAAAACACAGGAGACUAUCCACAAAGCUAGUAUUUUAUUGAGUGGUAAACUUAAGGUAGAAAAUGGUCAGAUUUAUCAAAGCCCAGUUACCUGGCUCAAGGAUCUUCUGGGAGAUGACAUUUCUGUGACCUGGAAUUAUGCUUGGAGUAAGGUAACUUACCUUGGAAAGGAGCUUUUAAAAUAUGCUUCUGAGGAAGUACCUUUAUCUUCAGAACCAAAUGUGGUACUUCAACAAGAGCCUUGUCUUUCAGGUACUUCCAGAGAGUCAGUAAAAAACAUCCCUCAUUACCUGCAAAUAAAAGAGAUACUUUCAAUCAGCGAGCAAGAAUUUCUCCCGUGCCACGUGAUGGCCCAACACUGGAGGUUCUAUGCGGAAUGUGAGGAACUGACCUUCUAAAGCCUUGCUUUCUGAAUCAGUAGGCAUUUGUUUGUAUGUUUAGUUUUUUCCGUCUUUGGUGGGUUUAUGUUAGCUUAUGUGCUAGUUUCGGUGUUAAUGGUUUAUUUCUGUUUAUUGUCAUAAAAAUAUAAUUUUUUGGACAUUGAA